AUGUCCAGUCUCCCUACCACGUUUGACCAGCCAGUUCACAUCGCCGUCAUCGGCGGCACCGGUCUAGCGCAUCUCGAAGGGUACGAGCCCAUCGCCGAGCUCAACCCCAUCACGCCAUGGGGUCCUCCAGCCUCUCCCAUCCGCAUCCUCUCCCACAACGGUGUCAACAUCGCCUUUCUCGCCAGACACGGUCUCCACCACCAGUUCGCGCCGCACGAGGUUCCCAACCGAGCAAACAUCUCGGCCCUUCGUCGCAUUGGCGUACGGUGCGUCAUUGCCUUUUCGGCCGUCGGCUCCCUGCAGGAGGACAUCAAGCCCAUGGACUUUGUGGUCCCAGACCAGGUGAUUGACCGUACCAAGGGCGUUCGGCCGUUCACCUUUUUCGAAAAGGGCGUGGUGGGCCACGUCGGCUUUGCCGAUCCCUUCGAUGCGGGCUUGGCCGCUGUGGUGAAGCGCUGCGCUCAAAGCAUGGAGGGCGACGGCGUUGUUUUGCACGAAAAGGGAACAGUCGUAGUCAUGGAGGGCCCCCAGUUUUCCAGCCGUGCCGAGUCGCACAUGUACCGAUCUUGGGGCGGUUCCGUCAUCAACAUGUCCACCCUCCCAGAGGCCAAGCUGGCGCGCGAGGCGGAGCUGUCCUACCAGGUCAUCGCCAUGGCCACCGACUACGACUGCUGGCACUCCUCGGAGGAUGUCAACGUCGAAAUGGUCAUGAAGCACAUGCAAGCAAACGGACAGAACGCCAGGCGUCUUGUUGGCGCCGUGCUGGACCAGCUCAGCCAGAUUGAACACGGCGACCUGGUCAUGGCCAAGCACUGGGAAGGGUAUGCCCAAGGCGGAUUGAAGUUUAUGACCAAGCCCCAAGGCAGGGACCCCGAGGCCAUGAAGAGAGUGGAGUACCUGUUCCCCGGCAUCUGGCAGUCAUAG